GAUAGCUGUUCUAGUAUAUAAGAGACGAUUCACGAACGAGAGACAGUGUUCGAAGGAAUAUCGUAAUUGCGUUUCUCGUUCGAAAUCAAAAUGUACUUCUCCGUGGUGAUACUGGCUAUUACGUUGAUCUCCUGUCAGGCAUUCGUGCCCGACACGGUCGACAUGGAUCUACCCAUCGAGAUGGAGGUGUAUGCCAAUGAAAUGGCAGGAUUCCUCCAGAGAUUCAAGCACACCAUGCAAACCGGUGAUUCGAAAACCGGCGUCCCGAAGCUCGAUCCUUUCACACAAAGUCAAAUGAGCAUAAACAACAAUGAGCUUAUCACAGUGAAAGGAAAAUUGACGAAUGUCCGCGGAGCUGGUAUGUCCAAUUAUCAUGUAAAGAAGGCUGAUUUUUCAUCGAGCAAACUCACAGCCGACGUCAGUCUUCUAUGGGAUCAAAUCUCGAUCGCCGCUAAUUACAGCGUAACAGGAAAAACCGCCGAUAAUACUCCCUUCUGGGGAAAAGGAGCCGUUGGAAUCGUCAUCAGAGAUCUUCAAGUGACGGUGAACACAAAACUGGCUGUAAAGAAUGGAAAAAUGGCCGUAUCGACUCUGUCGUCCCAAGUUCAUUUAAACAAAUUUGCUUUCAAAAUCACCGGAUUAUACGAUAACGAGGAGAAAUCCAUGUUGGCAACAAUCAAAAUAACCAACUCGAUGCCCAAAUGGAUCGAAGAUCAUCAGAAGGAAGUGUCUCGUAUCAGUAAUCGAGUAGUUACCGAUAUGUUGAACAAGUAUCUUCAGCACUUUACACUCAACGAUUUCUUGAAUAUGAUUAAAGCUUAAUUGGCAAUUAAUGAAUUAGCUCUUCUAGGCUUCUGUUUCUCGAUUGUAACGCGAUUUUAAAAUAAAGAUUUAAUUUUCUGUUUUCA